AUGGCUGACAAUCAGAGGCUUCCGGAGGUUGACCUGGUGACGCGGAUGCAGGUCGACGAGUCUGUUGUUGGCGGUGGCGAGAUCGACGAGUCCCUGUACAGUCGCCAGCUCUAUGUCCUGGGCCACGAGGCCAUGAAGCGCAUGAGUGCUUCCAAUGUUCUCAUUGUCGGUCUCAAGGGCCUCGGUGUCGAGGUCGCCAAGAACAUCGCCCUCGCUGGCGUCAAGAGCUUGACGCUCCACGACCCCAACCCUGUUGCCCUCGCCGACCUGUCCUCCCAGUUCUUCCUGCGACCCGAAGAUGUUGGCAAGCCCCGAGACCAGGUCACUGCCCCGCGCGUUGCCGAGUUGAACGCGUACACCCCUGUACACAUUCACGAGUCCACUAGACUCGACGAGAAUCUCUCCCAGUUCGACAAGUACCAGGUCGUUGUUCUGACCAACACCCCCCUCAAAGACCAAAUUGCUGUUGGCGACUACUGUCACAGCAAGGGCAUCUACGUCAUUGUCGCUGAUACCUUUGGUCUUUUCGGCUCUCUAUUCUGCGACUUUGGCAAGAAGUUUACCGUCAUCGACUCGACUGGCGAGAACCCCGUCAACGGUAUCGUUGCUGGUAUCGACGAGGAGGGCCUAGUCUCGGCACUGGACGAGACUCGGCACGGCCUUGAGGAUGGAGACUACGUUACAUUCUCCGAGGUCGAGGGUAUGGAGGCGCUGAACGGUUGCGAGCCGAGGAAGGUCACGGUCAAGGGGCCCUACACCUUUUCAAUCGGCGACGUCUCUGGACUCGGCCAGUAUAAGCGUGGCGGAUUGUACCAGCAGGUCAAGAUGCCCAAGUUUGUCGACUUCAAGUCCAUCUCGGAGGCGCUCAAGGACCCCGAGUUUGUGAUAUCUGACUUUGCCAAGUUUGAUCGGCCUCAGCAGCUCCAUGUUGGAUUCCAAGCCCUUCACGCAUACGUGCAGACGCACGGCCGCCUCCCUCGUCCGAUGAAUGCCGAGGAUGCUGCCGUGCUCGUGAACUCGGCCAAGGCGUUCAGCAAGGCCGAAGGCAUUGAGGUCGAGAUCGACGAAGAGCUGCUCACCGAGCUGAGCUACCAAGCAAUGGGCGACCUGAACGCCAUGGCUGCGUUCUUCGGAGGUGUGACCGCACAAGAGGUGCUGAAGGCCGUCUCUGGAAAGUUCCACCCCGUCAAGCAGUGGAUGUACUUUGACUCUCUUGAGUCACUCCCGACCAACUUUGCGCGCUCCGAGGAGCUUUGCAAGCCCCAGGGAACACGCUAUGACGGCCAGAUUGUCGUUUUUGGCAAGGAGUACCAGGAGAAGCUGUCCAAUCUGAAGCAGUUCCUUGUCGGUGCCGGCGCCAUCGGCUGCGAGAUGCUGAAGAAUUUCGCGAUGAUUGGUCUUGGUACCGGCCCCAAAGGCAAGAUCAUCAUCACCGAUAUGGACUCCAUUGAGAAGAGCAACCUGAACCGUCAAUUCCUGUUCCGCGCCAAGGACGUCGGAAAGAUGAAGAGCGACUGUGCGGCGGCGGCGGUGCAGCUGAUGAACCCUGACCUCAAGGGACAUAUCGUGUGUCUCAAGGAUCGCGUUAGCCCCGAGACCGAGCACAUCUUCAACGAGGAGUUUUGGGAGGGCCUGGAUGGUGUCACCAAUGCCCUUGACAACGUUGAGGCGAGGACGUACGUCGACCGACGCUGUGUCUUCUUCCACAAACCUCUGCUCGAGAGUGGAACUCUCGGGACCAAGGGAAACACUCAAGUCGUCUUGCCUAACCUCACCGAGUCCUACUCGUCCUCUCAGGAUCCCCCCGAGCAAUCGUUCCCCAUGUGCACUCUCCGCAGCUUCCCCAACAAGAUUGAGCACACCAUCGCAUGGGCUCGUGAGCUCUUUGACACGUGUUUCGUCAAGCCUGCCGAGACGGUCAAUCUAUACCUGACGCUGCCCAACUACAUGGAGAGCACUCUCAAGCAGGGUGGGAACGAGAAGGCCACUCUCGAGAUGCUUCGAGACUACCUCAAGAACGACCGGCCCCUGUCGUUUGAGGACUGCGUCAGCUGGGCCCGCAUGCUCUUCGAGAAGCAGUACAACAACGCCAUCCAGCAGCUGCUGUUCAACUUUCCCAAAGACUCUGUCUCUUCCACCGGAACGCCGUUCUGGUCUGGCCCGAAGCGGGCCCCGGAUCCGAUCAAGUUCGACCCUUCCAACCCGACUCAUUUCAGCUUCCUCGUGGCUGCUACCAACCUGCACGCCUUCAACUACAAUAUUAACAUUAAAGGCAAGGACAAGGCGGCGUACCUGACUGCCCUCGAGAACACCAUCGUUCCUGACUUCUCGCCCGAUCCGGGUGUCAAGAUCCAGGCUGACGACAAGGAUCCUGACCCGAAUGCUCCGGCCGCCGGUGGCAGCUCCUUUGAUGACAACGCCGAGCUGCAGCAGAUCAUGAACGAGAUCCCCGAGCCCAGCUCGCUCGCCGGCUUCAAGCUGACCCCUGUCGAGUUUGAGAAGGACGAUGAUACCAACCACCACAUCGACUUCAUCACUGCCGCCAGCAACCUGCGCGCGGAGAACUACAAGAUCGAGACUGCGGAUCGCCACAAGACCAAGUUCAUUGCUGGCAAGAUUAUCCCCGCCAUCGCGACAACGACUGCGUUGGUCACUGGCCUGGUCAUUCUCGAGCACCACAAGAUUGUGGAUGGCAAGGACGAUAUCGAGCAGUACAAGAACGGCUUCAUCAACCUGGCGCUGCCCUUCUUUGGGUUCAGCGAGCCCAUUGCCAGCCCCAAGGUCGAGUACAAGGGCCCGAACGGCAAGGUCACUCUCGACAAGAUCUGGGAUCGCUUCGAACUGUCGGAUAUCACUCUCCGGGAGCUCAUCGACGACUUUGAGAAGCGCGGCCUCAGCAUCUCCAUGCUGAGCUCGGGUGUCAGCCUGCUGUACGCGUCGUUCUUCCCGCCGGCCAAGCUGAAGGACCGAUACGGCCUCAAGCUGAGCCAGCUCGUGGAGACGAUCUCCAAGAAGCCCAUCCCGGAGCACCAGAAGGAGGUCAUCUUUGAGGUGGUCACGGAGGAUGUCGACGGAGAGGACGUCGAGGUUCCGUACAUCAAGGUCAAGAUCAGGUAG